CGCAGCGCCGCUCAGCAGCGGCUCAGUUGAUCAUCAGUUUGUGUUUGAGUCCAGAUUCGAUCAGAGAGAUCAUGGCAGAUACCGCUCCAGCAGCUGUCGCGACUAAAGCGGCCAAGAAGAAACCAGCAGCUAAACGCAAGAGAACGGGCCCAAGCGUCGGCGAGCUUGUCGUCAAGGCUGUGUCCGCGUCGAAGGAGAGGAGCGGUGUGUCCCUCGCCGCCCUAAAGAAAGCGCUUGCUGCCGGUGGCUACGAUGUGGAGAAGAACAAUUCCCGCGUCAAGAUCGCCGUCAAGAGUCUGGUGACUAAAGGUAUUCUGGUGCAGACCAAAGGAAUCGGCGCCUCCGGCUCGUUCAAACUCAACAAGAAACAAGCAGAGACCAAGACCAAACCCGCCAAGAAAGCCGCUCCUAAAGCCAAGAAGCCCGCAGCCAAGAAACCUGCCGCCGCUAAGAAGCCCAAAACCACAGCAGCGAAGAAGCCCGCAGCUAAGAAAUCUCCGAAGAAGGCCAAGAAACCCGCUGCUAAAAAGGCAACGAAGAGUCCCAAAGAAAGCAAAGAAAACCAGACUCCUAAGAAAGCAGCCAAGAGCCCUAAAAAGACGAAGACAGCCAAGAGCCCUAAAAAAACCAAGGCAGCUAAACCCAAGACGGCAAAACCCAAAGCCGCCAAACCCAAAAAGACAGCAGCCAAAAAGAAAUAAUUUGGUUAUUGCAAAAAAAAAAAGUGUUUUAACAAAACGGCUCUUUUAAGAGCCAUUCCACCAAUUC